AUGGUUGCUAUUAAGAAUCUCACGGCCAUCCUCUUGGGUGUCGCCAGCGUGGCAGUCGCCCUGCCCGUUUCUAGCCUGGUCGAAGCUCGUGACAUCGCCCUCAACGAUCAAGACCUAGACGUUCGCGGCCCUCCCCAGCCUGGCCACCUCCACCGUGCCAAGUCUCUUAGCCACCACCGCCGUGAAGAACUUGAGGAGCGUGCUCCUCCCGCACCUGGCCACCUUCAGCGUGCUAAGUCUCUUAGCCACCACCGCCGUGAUGAGCUUGAGGAGCGCGCUCCUCCCGCACCCGGCCAUCUCCAGAGGGCCAAGUCUCUGAGCCACCAUCGCCGUGAAGAACUCGAGGAGCGCGCUCCUCCCGGACCUGGUCAUCUACAGAGGGCCAAGUCUCUCAGUCACCACCGCCGUGCUCCUCCCGCACCUGGCCACCUUCAGCGUGCUAAGUCUCUUAGUCACCACCGCCGUGAUGAGCUUGAGGAGCGCGCUCCUCCCGCACCCGGCCAUCUCCAGAGGGCCAAGUCUCUCAGCCACCACCGCCGUGCUCCUCCCGCACCUGGCCACCUGCAGCGUGCUAAGUCUCUGAGCCACCACCGACGUGCUCCUCCUGCACCUGGCCACCUGCAGCGUGCCAAGUCUCUCAGCCACCACCGUCGUGCUCCUCCCGCCCCUGGCCAUCUCCAGAGGGCCAAGUCCCUGAGCCACCAUCGCCGUGAAGAAGAGUCCUUUGAGGACUCCUUCUAA